AUGGCAAAGCUCGUAGUCCUCCUAUCUGCCUUCGCACUCCUCCUCCUGGUGGCCAACGCCUCCACCUAACGCGCUACUGUUGAGGUUGAAGAAGACUCAAGCCGUGGGCAGAGUUGCCAACAGCAGUUCGAACAGCAGGAGCGAUUCAGGCACUGCCAAAGGUACGUGCAACAGGAGAUCCAGGGGAGCCAAGGUGGACGCUGGAACCAGAGACAAAAAUGCUUCAAGCAAUGUUGUCAGGAGUUGCAGGAAGUAGACAGACGGUGCAGGUGCCAGAACCUAGAGCAAAUGGUGAGGCACCAGCAGCAACAGGGACAGUUCAGAGGUGAGGAUGUUCAGGAACUUUAUGAAACAGCCAGUGAAUUGCCUAGCAUGUGUAACAUUUCACCCAGCCAGGGCUGUCAGUUCCGUUCACCCUAUUAG